CCACGGCCUCCGUUCUCUGUGGUUCGCGGCGGCCAGAGGGAGGCCUCUUCCCGAAGGGUCGGCCUGGCAACAUGUGGAGCCGGGGGAGAGCCUGCGUCUUCUCCGCGGGACUGUUGCUCGGGGCCCGCCGUCUAAGCAACGGCGCGGGCCGGAGGAAAGAGGCCGCGGCGGCUGCCUCUUCUUCCUUCUUUCUCAGCCAGCCGGAUGUUCAUCUACACUUUUUAGACCAUGUUCUGAUAAACAGAGUCAAGAGUAUUCAACUUAUAUUUGAAAGAAGAACAGGAACUCUCAUAGACAAAGGCUCAUUAGAUGAAACCAAGUAUGAAAAACUUGCUGAGGAAACACUGGAAUCGUUAACAGAUUUCUUUGAGGAUUUGGCAGACAAGCCGUUUACUUCUAAAGAUUACGAUGUCUCCUUUGGGAAUGGAGUACUAACAGUGAAACUGGGUGGAAACAUUGGAACUUAUGUAAUCAAUAAACAGACACCAAAUAAACAGAUAUGGCUCUCUUCUCCAAUCAGUGGCCCAAAGCGUUAUGACUGGUCUGGAAAAAAAUGGAUUUAUUCUCAUGAUGGCAUUUCUCUUCAUGAUCUAUUGUCAAAGGAACUUUCACUUGCAUUAGCAAUUGAACUGGAUUUAUCAACUUUAACACACACUGGUGGAGAGCCUAAUUCUCGAUAAUUAUCUAUAAAAAUCCAAAGACUUUGGACUUUGACUCAUUUCUUUCUUCCUCACGGUAUACUAGUUUUAACCUGUUUGUCCAAAUUUAAAUUCUCAAAAUGUUGUUCAAAUCUAUUUUAUCAAACACUAAUGGAAUAUAUA